ACCCACAAGAACUCGUACUCGCGCUGCGCCUGCCGUACCGGUCCCGCUCUCACUGUCCCUGUACCCAGUAUGCAUAUGUUCGUGCCGAACCAAUACUUCAUGCCCAUGAACGCCCCCUUGGGCCAAUUUAGUGACCGGCAUGGACCUGGUAAUAAUUUGGAAAUUGAUAGUCGAGAUCAAUGACGUCACAUACAGUUGAUCAACAACUCGUCCAAUACACGCCGUUGUCGUGUUAAAACAAUAGCCAAGCGUUACCUUCGGAGACACAAUAAUUUUGCACCAACAUAAACACCAAGUGCUGCCGGUAGUGUAUGCCUUGCAAAAGAAGCUAGUUAGGCAGCGGGCAGAAUAGGAUAUAACAUCCACCCGCUAAAGUUCAUGGAUUAAGUCUCAAGCCUCAACAAUAUGACUGAUCCCCCUGCGAAUGAAACAACCACACCUGAAGAAUACCAUAUCGCGCCGGCGAUUAAUCCUACAAUAGGAGUAGCCACGGUGACACUGUUCAAUGAGGUAUCGCUGCGAUGGGAUGCUAUACGCGGCCAAAUUAAGAAACCGGUUUUAUACGACACGGCGAAGAGGAACCUGAAAAAAAUCCGAUGGAUUCCAGCCCUCCCGACUGGCUAUAUAAGCCCCCCCCGACGUUCCGGCUUUCCGGGCACAACCAGCGCUACGAGCACCCAAGCCCAUACGCCGAGCGAGAAUAUAAAAGUUUAAUCCCUCAAAACUGCAAUCUCCUCCAAACCCAACGCACAAUGGCUGAAAACAUCAUCCCAAACCAAUACAUCAUCGUCUUUAAGCCAGAGGUCCCCCAGGACAGAUGCCGGGAGCAUUGCCAAUGGGCAACUGAGCUUCAUACCCAAAGGGUCAGCGCACGUUCAGCCGACAGCGAGGAGCCCGAGACUUCCGGGGUUAUGCACCACUAUAGCUUCCCGACCUGGAACGGCUAUGCCGGGAGCUUUGACGAAGGUGCCAAGAAUGAGAUCGAAAGUAGAGAAGAGGUAUGACCGGAAAUCUCACAGUGCUCUUACCCCUACCCGCCUAACCUGGGACAAUAGGUCGAUUUCAUUGAGCCAGACUACAAAGUCUACACCAAAGCCCUCGUCACACAAAAUGAUGUCCCGUCAUGGGGCCUCGCCCGCAUCUCCCACAACGAUAAACUCACCCCCGACACCAGGACCAAGUACACCUACGACAGCUCCGCCGGUGAGGGAACAAGGGCGUAUGUCAUUGACACCGGCAUCCUAGUCGGCCACGAGGUUGGCAUCUACCCAAACUAUCGGGAGAGCGCUUCCACUAACAUAUGUAGGACUUUGGCGGACGCGCGACCUUUGGAUACAACGCGGUCCCGGGCUCCUCAGACACCGAUAGGAAUGGCCAUGGAACUCACGUUUCUGCCACAAUCGGCGGGACCAGAUUUGGUGUUGCAAAGAAGACCACGCUCGUAGGAGUUAAGGUCUUGGGGGACAACGGACAAGGAAGCAAUUCCGGUGUUAUCGCCGGGCUCCAGUGGGCUGCCGAUCAUGCCGAGGCUGAUGGCGUUAUCAACAAAUCUGUAUGCCCCUCGCCGCUUCCAUCUUCCACGGAUGUAAUGCUAAGGGCUUAGGUCGCAAACAUGUCGCUCGGAGGUGAAAAAUCUCGAGCAAUGAACAGCGCCGCUGCAGCCGUAGUCCGCAUGGGCAUGACGGUCUGUGUAGCUUCCGGAAACGAUGGUGUAUGAAGGAUAAACCCCCACCCUGCCCCCCUCCAUUUAUCUCACCCACUGACAUCUCUCAAACAUUCAGGGCCCCGCCGACUUGGGUUCCCCGGCUUCAGAGCCCACUGUUAUCACCGUCGGAGCAAUCGACGACCAGGACGCCGAGGCCGACUUCUCAAAUUACGGCAAACGUAUGUUCCCCACCCCUACAAAUACCCGCCAUUCUGCUAACAAACCACAGUAGUCGACAUCCUCGCGCCCGGGAGGAACAUCACAAGUGCCUGGAUUGACGCUGCCGGUGGCACAAGCUUGAACAGAACCCGCACGAUCAGCGGCACUUCCAUGGGUAAGCCCCCCCCCCCCCCCUCCCACUCACCUCCCACGACUUACAGACUCUAACAAGCGCACAGCAACUCCCCACGUCACUGGUCUGGCGGCCUAUCUUAUCGCCAAAGAAGACCUCAGUGGGUCCACCGCCGUGACUAACAGGAUAAAAGCCCUCGCGGCCAAGAACUCCCACCAGGUCACCGACCACAAAGCUGGCAGCCCGAAUCUCAUCGCUUAUAACGGGGCUGCAAGCAGCAAGUAA